AUUGGCCAUUAUAGUUGUUUAUUGUGCAAUCUUUACCGUUUAUGUUUUUUUUAAAAAAAAAAAAAAAAUCAUAUCACCGACCGAGUCUUUGGGUAACCUAACCUAACCUCGCGGAUGUGAUUCGUGCGUAAGACAACGACAAGAAAGUAUCAAAAAUAUUUAAGAAAUACGCGCGUUUCACUAUACCUGCUAUAGCGUAGAAGUGUUGAAGCACCGAUUUUCCGUAAUGACACGCACACUUUUAAAUACACGAUAUUAUAAAUAGCAAAUAAUAACGAAAGCCUAGAUUAUUAAUAUUUAAAUAUUAUUGUAGUCGGGCGUUUUAUAUUUUUAAUAAAUUAUUAAUUAUCUGAUGUCGAAUUAUUAAUCUCUCGAAUUUAUUUUGUAUGAUAUUAUACGAUAGUUCCUAAAUGACAAACAAUAACAAUCCGUAGGAUUGAUCCCGCGUGGACGGAAAAUAUUCGAAUAAGUAAUCCAAAUAUGAUUGUAGAGGUGGACGAAAUAAAUUAUUAGCAAAUCGCCUACGUCAUAGUUGUUUUUGAGUAUUUGCUAAUUGCUAUUUGUAGUGUUAUCGUACGUGUGCAUAGUUUGACGUCCGCAAUAUUGAUGGCUGCAAAGAAUGCAAAGACGUGAUUAACCAGCUACAAUACAUUCGGAAAUUCCAGCUGAUAAUUUAUUAUUUUAAUUAGAAACGAUGGCCGACAGCGUACCAGUGUCGGAUGUCGUGUGCGUCGACGACAUGGGUAAAGCCAGAGUCAUGGAACCCGUGUUGGCAGACAAGGUGGCAGGUCUGAGGGACAAAUGCGCAGAAUUCACGAACGAUAUAGAGGUAUACCGCGAGUCGGUUGACACGUUCAUUGGCGUCAUGGACCAUCUGGCCAAACAGGUGGAGAGGGAAAAGCGAGAUGCGAUCGUCGUGUCGAACAAGUUGGCGUCGUUGCCCAACAAGGCGGAAGAAGAAAUCGCCAAGUUAAAAUCGCAAAUCGAACAAAAGACUACGGAGCUCGAACGUUACAGGAUAGAACACCGGUCGCUGCAAAAAAUCGAAUCCGACCAAACGGAUUUAAUAAAUCGGUUAUCGUUUCAAAAUUAAACGGUUUUGGAUAACUCGCAGUGCGAG